AUAGGAGGACCUGGUUCCGGUAAGGGUACUCAAUGUGCCAGACUUGUUGAAAAGUAUAAAUUUGCUCACUUCAGUGCUGGUGAUUUGUUGAGAGCUGAAACAUCAAAGGAUACCGAAGAAGGUAAAAUGAUUAGCAGUUACAUCAAGGAAGGUAAAAUUGUUCCUGGUGAAGUUACCAUUGCUCUCUUGAAGAAGGCUAUCAUGAAUCAUGAAGAUCCAAACACUGUCUUCUUGAUUGAUGGUUUCCCUCGUGAAAUGAAGCAAGCUGUCGAUUUUGAAAGACAAAUCUGCUUCUGUCAAUUCGUUUUGUUCUUUGAUUGCCCAGAAGAAGUUUUGGAAAAACGUUUAUUGGAAAGAGGAAAGACUAGUGGUCGUUCCGAUGAUAACCUCGAAAGUAUCCAGAAGAGAUUCCAAACCUAUAUUAACCAAACUAUGCCAGUUGUUACCUAUUUCAGAGCAUAUAAUAAGGUCAGAACUAUUGACAGUUCCAAGUCUGUUGAUUUGGUCUUUGAAGAUGUCUGCAAAUUAUUCGACUAG